AUGGCGCCUGGAUCGGGUUCGUCCUCGUCCUCGUCCUCGUCCUCGCCCUCGCCCCAGGAACUGUCUCCUAGUUUACCUCCCUCAUACCCACCUAUACCACUCUCUACUUCCAUAAUACUAGAUAAAUUUACCCCACCUACGCCUCCAAAUGAUAAGAUAACCUUGAGAUUUACACCCAUAGGCUCGACCCCCGGUAUAACCCCAAACGUUUUGAAGAUCUCAGGGGACAGAACAAUGGUGGUGAUAUCUCAGUUCAUCAGCAAGAAGCUCAAAACUAAAAGUGUACAUUUGUACAUACAAAACACAUUCGAACCCAAUCCAGACGAAUUGGUUUACGAUUUGUUCAGAUUGUUCAAAACAAAUAAUGAGUUGAUUGUCAGUUACUGCCUACAGGUAGCAUUUGGCUAG